CAGACUUGCAUCCAAACCCAGAGAGGACCUGCCAUUCAGAUUUAAAGGACCUUGUCACCCAAACACUGUUAAUUUUUAUGUCAGAUCGUGGUGCACCUCCUCUGGCAGGAAUCCACCCCAGCACUGCUUCCCUUGUCAUCCAGCUCUGCUGGCUGGGUGGGUUGUUGUCUUUUGGGUUUGGUUGAGGUUUUUAAAAUAAUAUUUUUAAAAAUAAUAUUCCUGUAGGGGUAACAAUUCUGAGCAGUCUCAGCUGUUCAAACCUGCUCACAAAUGAAGGUAAGUUCUUAAAAGUGAGAGUUGAAAAUGCAAAUAUGAGAAUGAAGAACACUACCUGCUGGGACACCAUUUAAGCUGCUGUUUUCCAGGGACUGCCUUACCUGGUAUGUGAAACCUUGUCCCUUCCUUGGCUUCUUGAAGUACUCCUGGCACUGUCCAGAGCCUGGCUCUGAGCAGGAAUGUCCUUCUCAUUUCAAGGAGGAGAUUAAAUGGCAGAGGAUAUGAAACCAGGAAGAUUGGCAGUUGUUAAGCCCAGCUUACUGUACACAGAAAAUGGCUAAAGAAUGAAACCCAAGUGCAGACACACAGAGCUCCAGCACCUCCUCAGGACAGGGAGGUGGAACUGCUGCAGCUGCAAACACAUUUCAGGUCUUGUUUCUCAGAGUUGAAUUCCAAACUGCAGCCUCAGGGUAAGAAGGAAGAAGUGAACCUGGGUCCCACUCAGCCCUGUCACAUAUGAACACACUCCUAAUUAAAGUGCACAGGUACACCAAGCCUCCCAGCUGUUAGAGAAGUGCAGGCCACUUGUAACCCCCCACAGUGCUGUUCUGCUGUUUCUGUCAACCUGUUUGUUAAAUGUUUUCUCUUGCAUUUACCAGGCAGAAGAUUGAUAUAAAAUACCUUAAUCUCAAGCAUUUUUGUUUCACAAACAUUAAAGUUCAAGGGCUAUUAUUGCUUUUAAUUCCAACCCCCCAUUUGCUGUCACUUCCAGGAGCAACUUUCUGACUACUGGAAAACAAAUACUUGUAAAACCAUUUCCAUAUCUCCUUUUUCCACCAAAAGGUGGAAAAAAGGUAUCUGUGGUAACAGAACUACACCUACAAAACCAAACCAACCCAACUUGUAAACCUCAAGCCUAACAGAAGACAUCUAUUUAAAGCACAAGCCCACAAGGAGCUAAACAUAGCCCUCUGUUCCCAUGAGUCUGUGCCAUUCCUUCCCUCCUGCAGGAGGUGGGACACAGCCAGCUUUGUUUAUGGGAUCAGAGCCCAGCCCCAAAUAACUGUGCAGGAAACUGCCCACAGCUCUGAGGCUGCAAAUUGAAGCUGCAGAGGGUGUGGAUGUGCUUCAGAGCACCCAGGGAAUUUUUAGAUGAUGUUUUGAAAGUUCAUUAUCCACUGUAACAGUCCUUGAACGUGAAGCAACCUCACAAAAAUCAAUGAACAAAUAAAGGCCACAAUUGCUGUAAACACAAACUGCUGCUCAGAAAGUCAAGUCCUCUGAGUGGGAAAGGCUGGCAAAGACACUCCUUGCAGCUGUAGUUACACCCCAUUCCCACUCCAGGAACUGCUAAACUCCGGGAGUGUCAAGGGGAAAGAAUCCCUUUUAAGGAAGCAUCUCAUGGCAAUGAGGCCCUGCUGUUCCACAUCCCAGUUCCAUCCCCUCUAGAAGGGAACACGAGCUGUGUGCACAUUUCUUUGCCUUCCCCUGUUCUGAGCUGCUGCACCACUUGUGGGCCAAAAAUAAACCCCAUUCCACAACCAUAUAUGUGCAACAGCCGUGGGGAGGUUGAGCCCCUGCAGCACCAUCUCCACAGCCCAGGAGACUGGGACUGUUCCAGCCCUGCCAUGCACAUCACCCAGCUGAACCGGGAAUGCCUCUUGCACCUCUUCUCUUUUCUGGACAAAAACAGUAGGAAAAAUUUAGCAAAAACAUGUCACAAGUUGCUAGAAGUGUUUGAGGAUCCUUUCCUGUGGCCUUUGUUGAACUUCCAUUCUCCAGUGGAACUAAAGAAGGAUAAUUUUCUCCUGGGACCUGCUUUAAAAUACUUGUCCAUCUGCUGGUAUUCAGAGAGAGUCAAGGUGUGUAACAUUGAGGACUGGAUGAAAAACAGUUUCCAGAGAGACUUCUGUAACAGGCAUGAGAACACUGUCAGGGAUUUUUUACUACAGGUUUGCAACAGGUGUCCAAACCUGCUGUCCCUGACCCUGUCUGGAUGUGGCCAUGUCACAGAUGACUCCAUCCUGCUGCUCCUCAGGAGCUGCCCCAAGCUGAGGACACUCAAGCUGGAGAACUGUGUGCGGAUCACGGACCGGAGCCUGCAGGCCGUGACCCUGCACGGGGGGGCCCUGCACACCCUGCACGUGGAUUUCUGCAGGAACAUCACCCAGGCUGGGCUGCAGAGGGUCAGGGAACAGUGUCCUUCAGUGAUGCUGAGAGCAGAGAGAAGUGCCAACAUGAUCCCAGACAGCCAGCCAGACAAAAAGCUGAGGCUUGAAAGAGCAUCAAGAAAGCUGGUUGAGCUUUAGGUGCAGCAGACUGUGGGGUGGGGAUGACCAGGGUGGGUAUCUCACCUCACCUGAACUCGGGAGCAAUGACCUGUGGCACUUCCCUGCCUUCUGGUUAAGUCCAAACAAAUGGCUGGUUUGUUUUGUUAAGGGUGCACUGGGAAAAGGCAUUUCCACCAGGAAAUUUCCACCAGUUUGCUCUCUGUUGUUCCUUGAAACUGGAACCCCUGCCCUGCUGUCACACAGUGCCAGACCUGCCCCAAACUGCAGUUGGGGUCCCUCCUGCUGUGGGUGAGUGCAGUGCACCUCACUCAGGAGGGAGCAGCAGGAUCUUUGAUUGAGGCCAAAUUAUAAUUCCACAGAGGUUCAAUAAAUUUGAUGGAAUUUAACAAAGUUU